GUGUGUAAAAGCAUCCUCCACACGUGCCCAGAGACGAGCGCAUUAAUCAGCUUCGGAGAGAGCCCGUCCAGCGCUCACGCAUGCCGUGCGUAACCGCAACGCACGCAAUUCACGCACGCAUGCACAUACGCGCGUAACGUCGUCUUGGCUCCGGAUGUCCCUUUAAAAAUCCGAAUCCCAAGCCAAUGAUUUAUCAAACUCCUAUUAUCAAGAAAAUGUCACGCGAAGGGCACCUUGCGCAGCGCUGACGCAAAAUCCGGACUUUCCCUCGGAGCUCGAGGACAGCUUUGCACUUUGUGCUCGCGCGCGGCGACAAGCAGUCCGCUUCCAGUCCUCUCCUCGUCUCCUCACAGCUGCGUCCAGUCCGCCAGCAGACACGUGCAACACAAUGGAUUUCUCUGACCAAAGAGAAAUGGCCAAACAGAUGGCCGGUGCCGGCGCUCCAACCGGCUACAUCCCGACGCAGCAGCCCGAUGGACCCGCGGGAUUUACAGCAAACAGACCGGACAACGCGGCCGCGUGCGCUCCCGCCACCCCGCACCAUCACCCGGCGCCGCAGCCGCCUCCUCCGUGCAACGAGAGCAAAACUUUUUCUAACACGGAAAGUAAACCGGGGGAACUGGACAGCAACAAAGCGUACGGGACGUUUAAGAGCGCCGCGCCGGCGGCCCCCGGAUCCGUGGCCAUCAACUCGGCCUUCAGGAAGGAUUCCGCCGGUUCGGCCCGCGCAGGGCCCGCCGCCCAGUACGGCGACCCGCUGCGGGCCGCCGCGGAGCAGAACAACGCCGUGGGCAACUGGACGGCCAUGAGCCAGACCACCAUCGUACUGGGGACAGAUGGGAACACGUCUGUUCAGCCCGGCGCCGUGGCGGGGGCUGACGAUGAUGAUGAUGAUGAGGAGGGAGAUGAGAAUAAGGCCAGAGGAAACUGGUCCAAUAAAAUGGAUUUUAUUCUGUCCAUGGUUGGCUACGCGGUGGGACUGGGGAACGUGUGGAGGUUCCCUUAUCUUGCCUUCCAAAACGGUGGAGGAGCCUUUUUGAUACCCUACCUGACAAUGCUGGGCAUCGCCGGCAUCCCAAUCUUUUUAUUGGAGGUGUCCCUGGGCCAGUUUGCCAGCCAGGGCCCCGUGUCAGUGUGGAAGUGCAUCCCAGCUUUGCAAGGUUGCGGGAUUGCCAUGUUGAUAAUAUCUGUCUUGAUAGCCAUAUACUAUAAUAUUAUAAUGUGCUGGACACUGUACUACCUGUUCGCUUCGUUGAAGGGCUCACUGCCAUGGGCUCACUGUAGGAAUGAGUGGAACACGGUGGAAUGUAAGGACAAAGACAUGCUGCUAUUAGACACGUGCAUCCUGCGGGACAGAAACAUCACCUCCAUCAAGAACUCCACUUUCUGUCUGUCCCCGAGCAACGUGGGGAACCUGACCAAGCUCAUGAACAUGACAGUAGACGUCAACAAGACCUACGUCAGCCCCAGCGAGGAGUACUUCAAGUACAAUGUGUUGCACAUCUCUAAAGGAAUCGAAUACCCGGGAGACAUCCGCUGGCCUCUGGCCGGCUGUCUGCUGCUGGCCUGGAUCAUCGUCUACUGCUCUCUAGCCAAAGGGAUCAAGUCAUCAGGGAAGGUGGUGUAUUUCACAGCCACGUUCCCCUACGUAGUGCUGGUCAUCCUGCUGAUCAGAGGGAUAACCCUCCCCGGGGCCUUCGACGGCAUCCUCUACUUCAUCACACCCAAGUGGGAGAAGCUGAAUGACGCAAAGGUGUGGAAGGACGCGGCCACUCAGAUCUUCUUCUCGCUGUCGGCGGCCUGGGGAGGCCUCAUCACUCUCUCCUCCUACAAUAAGUUCCACAAUAACUGCUACAGUGACACCAUCAUAGUGACGUGUACCAACAGCCUCACCAGCAUAUUCGCUGGCUUCGUCAUCUUCUCCGUCAUUGGUUUCAUGGCGCAUGAGCUGAAAGUGCCGAUAGAGCAGGUGGCAGAUGAAGGUCCAGGCAUAGCGUUCGUGGUGUAUCCUGAGGCUCUGACCAGACUUCCACUGUCUCCUUUCUGGGCGAUUAUCUUCUUCCUCAUGCUCCUGACUCUUGGCCUGGAUACCAUGUUCGCCACCAUCGAGACCAUCGUGACCUCCGUGUCGGACGAGUUCCCCAAAUACUUGAGGAAACACAAACCCCUCUUCACCCUGGUCUGCUGCUUCUGCUUCUUCUUCCUGGGCUUUCCCAUGAUCACAGAGAGCGGCAUGUUCAUGCUGCAGUUGGUGGACACUUUCGCAGCCUCCUACUCUUUGGUCAUCAUCGCCAUCUGCGAGCUGGUGGGGAUUUCCUACCUGUAUGGUCUGCAGAGGUUUUGCGAUGACAUUGAAAUGAUGAUUGGUUUCCAGCCGAACCGAUUCUGGAGAAUCUGCUGGGCCUUUGUGACUCCCACCAUUCUGACGGGCAUCCUGGGACUCAGUCUGUACCAGUGGAAGGGGAUGACGUACGAGGACUACACCUACCCCAACUGGUCCAUGGUUAUGGGCUGGCUCAUGGUCAUCUGCUCCGUCAUCUGGAUCCCCAUCAUGUUCUUCAUCAAGAUGUACCUGGCCCCCGGCACCUUCGGAGAGCGUCUGAAGCUGGUCUGCUCCCCUCAGCCCGACUGGGGUCCGUUCCUGAUGAAGCACCGCGGAGAACGCUACAAGAACAUGACCGACCCUCUGGGAACCAACUCGCUGGGCCUCAAACUGCCCCCCAAGGACUUCCAGCUGGGCUCCUACCAGUAGCAGCCGCCCGGUGCUGCACCGUACCCGACACCUAUCCACACACACACACACACACGCACACACACACACUCACACUCACACGUGACCAAUGAUCACUUCAGAACCCGUCCCAGGGAUCUUUAUUCCAAGAGAAAAUUGUGUCAUAAAAGGACACAGCUCAGACUGCACUUGCAAUAUUAAACCCACCGUAGCUGCUCCCUCUGGAGUCCUGUGUGUUUGUAUGUUUGUGUGUGUGUGUGUGUGUGUGUGUGUGUGUGUGCGCGCGUGCGCCCUCAUGUUUGUGAGUAGGGAUAAUGAAUCAUCUUGGUGCGAGCAGACACAGGAAAACAAAAAAGAAAAUUUCGCAACAGAGAGGCAGCGGUUCAAGCAGCUCCACGGGGCGUUUUGUUCCAUCUGCGUAGAGAAGCUUCAGACGGCAACGCAAAUAAUUUCAACUGCCUCUGGGAAAGAAACAGAAAAGGCAACAAAAAAAAAAGCCCCGGUGUCACGUUUUGUUCCUGUCCAACGAUAUAAAUAUAUACUCACUGUAGCUACCGCUUAGUCGCUCUUGCUUUUUUGUCACAAAAUAGAUAUAUCAGCAAUUUGUGCCCCCUACGUGCCAGUAGAGUAGCGAAUGCGUCCGGAUUACCACGUUCAGUGGAUACACGUUGACCUGGAGGCCUCUGCAGUACAAGAGAAGCUUCAACCUAUCUUUUUUGUUUGCGAUAACCCUCCGUCUUUGUCUGUCUAGUGAGUUGUAUUCCCCCCUCGUGUCCUAGAAUGUAAAGGGCACAUUCCUCUCUUAGAUUCCUCCAGCGUGGCCACUCCAGCGUUUUAAGGCGGGAAAGCCGGACCCGAUUGCCGCUCUGUGCAUAAACCUUUGACGCAGUAUUUAUCUCCGUAUGUGUUGUGAGUUUGUGAAAACCAUCUGUGAAAAACACCUUUGUGCAUCACAUCAGUAGAGUAACACUAUAAUGUAUAUAUAAAUAUAUGUAUAUAUACAUAUAUAUAAUAUAUAAUAAAUCAUACAUAUACUGAUAUAUAUAUAUAUAUAUAUAAAGAGCCUUCAGCAGAGCAGAGUUAGAGUGUGAGUGUGUACACGUCCCUUUGAAUCCCACUUUUCUCUUGCUAGCUGUGCAAUAAGUGGACACUGCGUAUAAAAAGAAUCUCUUCUUCGUGUGUGCGCGUGGUCGCCGCCCUCGUCACGUUAGGAGCAGCUGCUAUGCGUGAGUAGAUGAAGAUUAGAGUAGAAAAUGGCCGCCCUCUUCCCUGGAAGUGUACUUUUGUCUCUUGUUGUUUGUGGUAGACCUCCAGAGACCUCUUUGCCAUUUCAGACAAAAGCCUCUUUGCUUCUCUGUAUGUCCGC